UUUUCCGGGUUCGAGGCAAGUGAGUGGUGGGGGGUCGUAGCGGGGCCGCAGCCGGUGGGGCCGCCGGGGGAGACGGGUCGGCGAGGGAAGGAGGAGGCGGCGGAGAGGUUGCACUCAGAAUAUGGGACACCGGACUCCGCAGGGGAUAGAAACUAACAGCUAACAACCUGGAGUGAGUUCAGGGAAAGUCACCCGGAGUGCGAAGGACCUGGAAACAGGUCCUUUGAAGACAAGGGAAAAGACCUGGGUAACCGGAGCGCUACGCCGUGCAGGUUGAAACCACCAAAGAUGUCUAAAGAUGAAGAAAAAGUUAAUUUGCGUCGCCUCGAGCCAGCCAUCCAGAAGUUCAUUAAAGUGGCCAUUCCCACAGAUCUGGAGCGGUUAAGGAAACAUCAGAUCAAUAUCGAGAAGUAUCAGAGGUGCAGGCUGUGGGACAAACUGCACGAAGAACAUAUCAACGCCGGCCGUACCGUCCAGCAGCUGCGAGCAAAUAUCCGAGAGAUGGAGAACCUUUGCGCCCGAGUCCGGAAGGAAGAUAUCCUGACUCUGCAGAGGAUGAUUGAUCCCGUCAAAGGAGAGGCUUCGGUGGCCAUAAAAGAAUUUUUGCAGCUGCAUUCGGAGUCGGCCGAAGCGCUGAAAAGGCAGUUCAGAGAGCCGGAGGCGGCUUUGACUCGCUCCACCACUGUUGAAGGAACAGAAACUUUCUCUAGUGCCGAAAACGGAGAAAAUUCCCUCAGCCAGAUUUUUGCUCCGUUACCUGAAAUCCCCCAGGAUCAAAAUGCUGCAGAAUCCUGGGAAGUGUUAGAAGAGGAUCUGAUAGAACUCUGCACUCUGGUGACCGAGUUUUCCCUGCUUGUUAAUACCCAGCAGGAGAAAGUCGACCGGAUCGAAGAGAACGUCUGCACUGCCGUCGCGAAUGUGGAGGAGGGGACCCAGAGUUUAUCCAAGGCUGCGACCUACAAACUGGCCGCCCUCCCGGUGGCUGGCGCCCUCCUGGGGGGAAUCGUGGGGGGGCCCAUCGGGCUCCUGGCCGGCUUUAAGGUGGCUGGACUGGCGGCGGCUUUGGGAGGCGGCGUGCUGGGCUUCACGGGUGGAAAACUCAUUCAGAGGAAGAAGCAGAAGAUGAUCAAGGAUCUCUCCUCUCCCAGCUGCCCCGAUUUGCCCGGGCAGAGCGACCAAGGGGGCAGCUGAGGACCGGGGGGAGGGGGGGCCCUCAAGCCGUCUUGGCUGGCAUCACGGCUGCCCGCCUGGGACAAUCGUCUUUCUUCCCCUGCUGGAAACGUUUCCUGUUGAGAAUGUGAAAGGGACAAAAAAGUCACCCUGGAAAAACUUUCUGACGUGCGCCAGGGGAAGGCGGCAAGCGUGGCACGCUUUGGCACACCUCACCCGCGGCGUGGGAAGGUGCGCUCCGAAGGGAUGUCUCCACCUGCUUUCCUUCCUCCUUCAGGGACUCUCUCCACAGUGUUCACCGAAUGCCUUUUUUUCCCCAGGUUAAAAACGGAAAGAAAGCCGCCCAGGUGGCCCUUUUUCAGUCUCUGGAUACUUCCGUUCGUCCCGAGCGCACAAAUCCUGUGGGUUUGUUUGUUUUAACACUUGUCGGUUUUAAUGCUCCUGGACUCUCGGGAGCUGAAUCGGUUUGCGGUGGCAGAGUUGGGCUCCUGGCGGGAUAGAGGUCAGGUGGAGGGGUGCGGGGAAAUCUCGCCUCGGGGAGGUGGGGAGGGGCUUUGGUUUGCAAAUUUUAAUUUUUCCAGUCUGGAAAGUUGGCUUCUACCUCUCGUUUUAAAAUGCCACGGUCAGGAAAAGUCAGAACAGGCUGUUUUCGGGGGGGAGAAUUCUCUGCUUUUUGCUUAUCAGAGGUCUGGAAUCGUGUUUCUCAACUGUAGUAACGUUCAGAGGAGCGGAUUAGCAAAACGGGGGAAUUCUGGGAGUUGAAGUCCACUCAUCUGAAAGCUGCCCAAUUGAUUGGAGGAUGCUGGGAAUUGAAGUCCGCCUGCCUGAAAAGGGAGAAACAUGGCUCUAGAAUUCCCGAGUCCGCAAUGAAUUCUGGGAGUUGAAGUCCACUGGUCAAAAAAGCCAUUGAUCCCCAAGCAGUGUCGGUGAACCUUUUCGGCACUGUGCCGAAACGGGCGUGUGCUUGUGCAUGUGCCUGCAGGGGAGCACCAGAAACUGGAAGAGCAUUUCCCCGGCGUGAGCUGAGCUUCCAAUUUCCAGCAUGCGCGCUGGUCACUUCGUCUUCUGGUCUCUGGAGCGCAUGGAUGUGCAAAGACCAGCUGGCCGGCGCGUGUGCACCAGGGAAGCGCUCUUCUGGUUUCUAGCACUCCCGCAUGUGCACGCCGGAACCCGGAAGAGCUACGUGCGACAGCUGGCGUGCGCAGAGGGAUGCCUCUGCAUGCUACUUCCGGCAUGUGUGCCAGAGGUUAGCGAUCAUGGCUCUAUCAGACGAGUUGCUCAAUCAAAAGUUAUUGGAUUUUAGCUAUUAACUAUUAGUUCCGUGCCAACUUUUCAUCUAAAGGUGGAAACGAUCAGUUUGCAAAGGUGUGCGUGCGUGAAUUAAAACAACUGGGGAUAUGUGUGUGUGUGUGUGUUGGUUCAAAAGAACAACGUUGCCUCAACAGCAACUGUUUGUUCCUAUUUGCACAAAAAUACGACAGCAUCUCAUCAGCAUUCUGGGCAGCCCCCCGGAAUCAACACGGAUCUCUUAAAAAUAAUAAUAAUAAUAACAGUAAUCUAUUUGAAGUAUUUCAAAACCUCUCCAGGACAUGGUUGUGGGUUGCGUGCCGUUCUUUUUAAGUGGGGCAAAACACUUUGACUGCAUCUUGUGUAGGAACGCCGGGUGUCUGCACCUCCUCCGAUAAAUUAAAAGUCGUUUUUAAAAAGAA